AUGACUAUACAGGCUGUAUGGAUAACAGCUUUAGCACCGUACGUGGUACUCAUCAUUCUUUUAGUUCGAGGAGUAUCACUUCCAGGUGCAGCUGAAGGAAUUCGUUACUACCUCACUCCAGAAUGGGAUAAGCUAUAUAAUACAAAGGUAUGGAUAGAUGCAGCCUCCCAAAUCUUUUUCUCUUUGGGUCCUGGUUUCGGAACGCUGUUAGCUUUAUCUAGUUACAACAAAUUCAACAAUAACUGCUACAGGGACGCUAUACUGACUAGCAGCAUUAACUGUCUGACGAGUUUUCUGGCUGGAUUUGUUAUUUUUUCAGUAUUGGGGUACAUGGCGCACGUUCAACAUACCAGUAUAGAGCAAGUAGGUUUAGAAGGUCCCGGUCUAGUCUUCAUAGUUUAUCCAGAAGCGAUAGCCACCAUGAGUGGCUCAGUAUUCUGGUCGAUUAUAUUUUUUCUUAUGUUAAUCACUCUCGGUCUCGAUAGCACUUUUGGCGGCCUGGAAGCAAUGAUCACGGCAUUGUGUGACGAGUACCCGAAAGUGCUCGGCAGACAUCGAGAGACCUUCGUUGCCAUUCUGCUGUUUUGUAUCUACAUUUGUGCCUUGCCCACAACUACUUAUGGUGGCGUAUAUUUAGUUAACAUGCUAAACGUCUAUGGACCUGGUUUAGCUAUUUUGUUUGUGGUGUUCGUGGAAGCUGCUGGAGUUUGUUGGAUAUAUGGUACCGAUAACUUUGCUAGAGACAUCGAAAAAAUGAUUGGGCAUCGGCCUGGAAUUUUCUGGAGGAUAUGCUGGAAGUAUAUCAGCCCUGUUUUUAUAUUGAUUAUUUUCAUAUUUUCCCUUCUAAGUCAUGAAGAAAUGUUAGGUACCGAGUACCACUAUCCAGAUUGGAGUCUACAAGUUGGAUACGUCCUAACAGCAUCUUCCAUCAUGUGUAUACCUUCUUACAUUAUCUAUAAAUUCGCCAUCACUCCAGGAAGUCUCAUACAGGUAACUUAA